CAGAAGACGUCGACAUGGCACGUACAAAGCAGACCGCCCGAAAGUCUACCGGUGGGAAGGCUCCCCGAAAGCAGUUGGCAACGAAGGCCGCCAGAAAGAGCGCCCCAGCAACCGGAGGCGUGAAGAAACCUCACAGAUACAGGCCCGGAACGGUAGCUCUGAGAGAAAUUCGUCGUUACCAAAAAUCCACCGAGCUGCUCAUCCGCAAGCUGCCAUUCCAGAGAUUAGUUCGUGAAAUCGCCCAGGACUUCAAGACCGAUCUGCGAUUCCAGAGCUCUGCCGUCAUGGCGCUUCAGGAGGCCAGCGAAUCUUAUCUGGUUGGUUUGUUCGAGGAUACCAACCUGUGCGCCAUCCACGCCAAAAGGGUCACCAUCAUGCCCAAGGACAUCCAACUUGCCAGGCGGAUCCGUGGUGAACGUGCAUAA